AUGGGACUGACCUCAACAGCUACGGCCGUGGCCGUGCAAGACGUGCUGCGACCACUCAUGCUCGUCCUGCUCCCCAUCUUUGUUCUCCUACGCGUCAACAAGGUCUACCCCUUUGUCCAAGCCGUGUACACUGGAUUGGUACGAACCGUGACCCCUGAGACGGCCGAACUGGCUCGUCUCAGCUCGAAACCCGUCACGACUCGCUCUGAUGGCCUUGUCGAGGACUUUCGCAUCCCUACCAACUCAGACCUCCAGCUUCGCCAAGUCAAGGUUACGCCAUUUUCUUGGUCCAAGCUUCACUUUGCCGACCAUCUGUCCCAGCUUUUCUUGCUUCUCCUGGCCACUCUGGUGGGGCCAAUCGUCUCGGCAACCAUGAGCUGGAUCAAUCCCCACUCCACCGCCAAUUAUUCCGCACUCGUCAUCCUUCUUGCUGUCACCGGUGCUCACUGCAUCAACACGCUGGUCCGCCUCCUGUGGCAAAGCAGCUCCUCUUUGCUCCUGGCCUCGGGGUUUUUCGUCUUCUUCUUCACCCUCAUCCUCAGCCUUACCGCGGGGCAUCUCUUUGACAUUCCCCUUGAAGAAGAAUACGGUUUAUGGGAGCUUGAAUGGGUGCAGCAGAUUAGUGCUGCUCAAGCCCCAACCACCUCGGAUGACAACUUGCCUACUCCAGCCAGUGACCCCGUGAUUGUCUCUCGUCCAUCUCCCGCCGAUAGCCGUACACAUCUGCGAACCAUCUUGCUCCUGGCCAGCGCCAUGGCAGGUGUGCUGGCUGCAGCCCUUGCCCUGCCUGCCCUUCGCUUGGCCCGCAACUUCGUGCUCUCUCGCACCGUACCUGAGCCCGCCUUUCUCUACCAAACUGGUCCCAUUACCAUGCUUCUGGCACCCUUGGGCAUUUGCCUCACCUUCUUCACACCUAUCGCCGAUGCCCUCCAUCAACAAGGACUAGCCACGUCAGACUUGAUCGCGUUGCGGGCAACACUGGCCCUAUUGGCUUUGGCAAGCCAAUUUGGCAGCUUGCGUCCCUCGAUGCAAUACUAUCUGAACUCGGCCUUUGAGAAAGGCACCGCUCUCUUGCGGGGCCAGGGUGAAGAUGACCACGUUGAACAAGAAGACGAGAGCACCGCAUCCACAAGCAAGAAGGCUAAAAAAAAAGCCAAGACCAAAACAUCAACCGCGUCGCCGACCGCAACCGUGCGCGCUGGCCAGAUUCAACAAACGGUGGAACAUGUCUGGCAGUACAGCAUUGUGGUUGCGUUGCAGCUGCUGCUCCCCGCCACGCUUUUGUUUGUGCCGGCCGCCAUCGCAUUGAUCAAGCUUGGUUGGCCGGCCACGUCAGGGUCCUCGAUCUCGACGCUCAAUGCUACCGAGAGCGAUGACCGCGCGUCACCGGAUCGUUCCGCGUUCAUCGGGCAAGCGGCGCAGGCCAUGUUGCUGUGGCUUUCGGCUGUGCUAUCGGCAUUCCAGAUCGGGGCCAUUGUUAUGUUGCAAAAGAUUCAAAACAUGUAG